AUGAGUUACUGUUUCAUUAAGUCAUUUUACUCUAAGAAAAUAAGGAAAAAAUUAUAUAAUUUUUGUGAUGAACAAAAUUACAUUAAUAAUUUGAUUAAUUUAUAUAUAUACAGAUAUUUAGAAUCAAAAAUAUGUAAAAAAAAAUAUAAUGAAAAUAUAAAUAAGUAUGUUGGCCAAAUUAUAAAUCAUUUAAAAAUUAACAAAGACAAUUCUAACAUUUUAUUUUCUUUACAAAAUAUUUUGGAUAUAUUUUUUUUUAAUUAUUUUAAUUUCAAUAAUAACUAUAAACUACUUUUUUUUUACAAUAUAUUGAAAAUUAAUAAUGAAAAAUAUUUUCAUUUAAUAGAAAGAAUUGAAAGAAAAAAUGAAAUUUUAAAUAAACUAUGUAAAAUAAUUUUAAAGUAUGACAUAAACUAUGUUUAUAAAGUCAGAUACCAAUAUAUAAACAAAUUUUUUCAAUUAAACAAGGAUGGAAAUCAAUAUUUUCUUGAAGAAAAAAACUAUUUAAGUUCAUCAAUAGUUCCUUUUUUUAACAAAACAUUUAUAGAAGAUUUAAUAAACAACACACAAAAUAUAAAAGAUCUAUGUAUUAUUAUUUUUAUAAUAAAAUAUAUCCUUUCUAUAUAUAAAUUUGAUUAUAAUAGAAUAUUAGACAAAGUAUUAAGGAAACUUUAUAUAUACAUAAAAGAAAUAUCCAUGUAUAAUAAUGCUAAUUUAAAUAAUUGUGUAAUAUCAUUAAAUGGAAAAAAUAUGCUAGAUGGGAUUAAAAACAUAAAAUUACGAGAUAUCAUAUAUAUUUUUUAUCAAAUUGCAUUUCUUAAAAACAAUAUUAAGAACCAUUUUCUCUUUUUAAAAAUACUUGAUUUAGUUAAUCAUAUUUAUAAGCAUAUUAAUGUAAAAAAUGAUAAUUUUUAUUUAAAAAUUUUAUAUUUAUCAAAUAAAGAUAUAGAGCAAUUACUAUUUUUACUAAACAAGAAUUUUUAUUUAAAAUUUUAUUUUAUUCCUAUUUUAAUAAAUCAAUUUUAUUAUAAGUUGUUUUUCAAGAGCCCCUCUAUUAUUUAUAUGUAUAAAUUAUUUAAACAACUUUAUAAAAAUAAUAAUAUUUUGUUUCCAUAUGAUUGUUGUGAUACUACAUAUUUAGAAAUUUUAAGAAAAACAGAUUGUAACAAUUACUUCCAUAUUUUUUAUCAAACUUUAUGCAUUAAAUAUUUGUUAAAAAGAAAAAUAUUUCACGAAGAUUUGAAGCAUUUCUAUAUUCCCUUAAAGAACAAAUUUUAUGGUAUCAACUUUUUUAUCUUCUUUAAAAAUACAAUAAAUAAAAUAAUUUUUCAGUCUUUUAAUUUGUUUGUAUCAAAAGAGAAACAAAAAUACAUAUGUAUUAAAAAAAAAGUUAACGCUUCUUUUCUGAAAUAUUCAGAUAACUAUAUAUAUGAUUUUUCAAAAAGUAAAUAUUUUUAUUUAAUUUAUAUUAAAAGAAUUAUUAAAAGGGUUAAAUAUAUGAAAAAAAAAUGUAUUCUAAGAAAAAAAAAAAAAAAAAAAAAAAAAAAUUAA